AUGGUCGGCGUAAUAUACGAGUCCCAUGAGAUCGAGAAUUUAGCUCUAAAUACGCCCAAAAUUCUUUCUUCCAUAUUCCUAAUAACGUUUCUGAUUUUUGCUUCUUGGGAGGCACAAGAAAUCAUUUAUUUGGCUUCCAACACUUCGAUCCUCAGAGAUGUCAAACACGGUCUUCAUUUCGCUAACUUUGUAAAACACCGGUUCAAGUAUUUGAAAGUCACACCCUUCAUGUCUUCACUGAUACCAAACCAGAAAAAGUGUCAGGUAUUUUGUGUUCAAAACUUGCAGUGUUUGUCGCUUAACGUCGCUGUUUUUCCCAACUCUGAUGACAAGUUUAAAUGUGAACUUCUUGCUACGGAUAUUUUCAAUUCUUCUUCAAACAUCACUAACGACGUGAAUUACAACCAUUACAGCUUUGAGACUAAAUGUCACGACCAGCCUUGUGAGAACAAUGGCACGUGUGUUCCCAACUACAAGACCAACACAUACUCGUGUCACUGUCAAUGUCCAUAUUACGGCUACAACUGUGAAAAAGUUCUAGCCAAAACUUGGAUCUCGAUAUCCAACUGCAGUUUCGACUAUAGGUGUCCUGAUUAUGCAAGAAAACGUGUACAGACGUACGCCCUUCCCGAGCCACCCUUUGCUAACGUUUGUCCUGAUAAUGUUGUUCUUGACAGUGAGAUUCAAAACUGCCCAACCCUCACGCCUACUGGCUGUGAAGGAGCGCUUGGGAUGCAAGAUGGAAGAAUUCUAGAUUCCCAAAUCUCCGCUUCUUCGUAUUACAACAUUGAGACUUAUCCCUGGUACGCUCGACUUCACCGGGUUCCAGCCCAAUCCGAUCGAGCAGUUUGGAUUGCUCUUCGUGCAGCUGCUGGUGAAUACCUGCAGAUUGACCUUGGAUCAGUGAAGACUAUUACCAAAGUAGCAACACAGGGUAGAGUAGACCGCCUACAGUAUUCCAACAAGUACAGCUUAGCUUACAGUGUAGACGGUACAGUGUGGGUCCACUACCACAAUAAUUCGUGUAUCAAAGAACUUCCCGGUAACACUGACCGAAACACCGUCGUUACCAAUGUUCUCGACAUUCCAUUCAAAGCCCGUCAUGUCAGGAUUAUCGUUAAGGCUUUUCUUGAACACCCAGUUUUGAGAUGUGAGUUAUAUGGCUGCUGAGGAGCAAGAUAAAGAAGCUUAGAAACAGCAAAAACUCCUGCAAUGAUUGCACAUGCGAAAAAUCAUAUAAAGAAAAAAUUUUUUUGGCUGUG